CCUUCUAGCCUGUUAACACUCCUACUCUAUAGUCACCGGGGUUUGUGGAAACUGGUUGUGUUCGCAGCGGCUAUCAGCGUGAAAUGGCGGCGGUGCGAGGGCUUCCGGUGUCGGUAAAGGCGGGCGGCGGCGCUGAGCCUGAACCCAUGGAAGUGGAAGAAGGGGAGGUGGAGGCCGCAGCGGGUCGGACUUCUCCGGUGGAGGCAACAGCGGACCAGACUUCCCCACGGGAGGUGGUACCGGGCAGCGAUCGUCGCUAUGAGAACAGGGCCGGAACAUUUAUCACUGGGAUUGAUGUCACUUCAAAGGAGGCUAUUGAGAAAAAGGAACAGAGAGCAAAGCGCUUUCAUUUUCGAGCGGAAGUCAGUGAUGAUCAAAGGAAUGUUGUACUAGAUCGAGAGAUGAUGAGAAAAGUCCCCAAAGUCCGCCUAGAAACUCUUUAUAUCUGUGGUGUUGAUGAGAUGAGCACUCAGGAUAUCUUUGCUUUCUUUAAGCAAUACCCUCCAGGAUACAUUGAAUGGCUGGAUGACAGCUCUUGUAAUGUUGUGUGGCUGGAUGAGGUGACUGCGUCUCGUGCUCUGUUAAACCUAAGCAGCAAGCCUACUAAUGAAAAAGGUCAAAGAAAAAAAGAUGGGGAGCACCGUUCUGCCAGAUCCAAAAAGGACAGGCUUGAUGACAGCCCACAGAGCUCUGGAGAUGAGACGGAGGAAGGUGAAGUAGAAGAGGACAAUCCCAAUGAUGCAGAAGUUGAAACUGAAAACAAAUCGGAGAACCCACCAGAAACACUUUCCCAAGCUGAGCAGGCAUCUAUAUUGAAAAACGACCUCCGACCUUCCAUUAAGACAGUGAAAGGAAAUCGUCUGUACAUGAGAUUUGCCACUAAAGAUGACAAGAAAGAGCAUGGAGCAGCAAGUAAAAGCCAGUACUAUAUGAAAUAUGGAAACCCUAACUACGGAGGGAUGAAGGGUAUCCUCAGCAACUCAUGGAAGAAAAGAUACCAUUCCCGGCGCAUUCAAAGAGAUGUAAUAAAGAAGAGGACUUUCAUUGGGGAUGAUGUUGGUUUAACACCAACUUACAAGCACCACCACUCAGGUUUGGUGAAUGUUCCAGAAGAGCCCAUUGAGGAAGAAGAGGAGGAGGAAGAAGAGGAGGAAGAUAUGGACGAGGAUGAUCGUGUGGUAGAAUACAGAGAUGAGCUUCAGGCAUUUAAAAGGGAACGGGAAGGCGCACGGCGCUGUGCAGCCAGCAACUCGGACUCCGAUGAGAUGGACUAUGAUUUGGAACUGAAAAUGAUCUCCACACCUUCACCAAAAAAGAGCAUGAAGAUGACUAUGUAUGCCGAUGAGGUUGAGUCUCAGCUCAAAACUAUUAGACACUCUAUGAGGUCUGAUUCCGCAGGCAACAGUGUGAAAAGCCGAAUUGGCAGCAAAUCACAUUCUGAGAAACCAGCUGAUGUGCGGCUGAUACUAGAAGAGAAAAGGCAAAGCACAGCAUCAAGGCAACAAAGCAGCAGCAGUGGGAAAUCAGAUGUUCGCCAAAGACUUGGAAAGAGGGCGCAUUCCCCUGAAAUAAGGAAAACGUUAAGUAUAGCUCCCACAUCCCGAAGAGAACCAUUGUCUGACGUACACAGCCGACUGGGUCUCCCAAAACAGCCUGAAGGAAAAGGACUGUACUCGGACAGCAAGGAAAAGAAAACAGGAAGUCUUUGGAAUCGCUUAGGAACUGCUCCAAAAGAAAAGGACAGAGCCAGUGAAAAGUCGGGGGAGAAAUCCCAGGCAGCCCCAGAAGAGGAGGACUCUGCAUUACAGCAAGCCUGGGGAGCUCUCAUCAAGGAGAAGGAGCAAAUCCGGCAGAAAAAAAGCCGCCUGGACAACUUGCCUUCAUUACAAAUAGAGAUCAGCCGGGAAAGCAGCUCCGGCUCAGACACAGACUCCUGAUGACUUUUCACUGCUGCUGGACUAAAGCUUCUAAAGCAUGGCAGCCGCCCGAAAAAUGUGCCCCUCUGCCUUUCACAAACCAUUAUUUUAUAUUGAAGCUGAGACGCCAGUAGUAGCAGUGGUGUUCUCAAUGCGCCUUUAUAUCUCCCAUUACCAGUCAUUAAACAGUACCUAAUGGUAAUUAGUGAGCGUUUGCAGUUUCUUUGUAUUUGCUGUUAUGGAAAGGAGGAUCAGUGCAGAGUUUCUCUUUGUAUCUGUCCUCCUCUCGUUCAGAGCAAUGCCUCGCUGCCUUCAUUAGCUGCAAAUGUGCGUCUUUUUGUUUUUUUAUCUUGUCCUGUUUUUAUUUGCUUCCUGUUAGGAUACCCGCUAGAACUCUUAUUUAUACUGCUGUAUAAGACUCAAUCCAGUAUAUGAUUUAUUUCAUAUGCGUAAAAUCUAUAGGAAUAAAACCAGAUGUUUGCUUCUUCCAGUA